CUUUUUUUGCGCAUGUAAACCUCGCUUUAUCGUCCAUGAUGUUUGAGAAUGACAGCUUAUGUGACAGAUGUUGUUGCUUGAAAGCUUGUUAUGACUUUUGUGACAUAUGUGUUCGACUGAACCUGCUCAGCUGAUUUUUAUUUUCUUUUGAUUUAUCAACCCUGUGAUCUACACAGACAGCAACAUGGAUAAGCUGACACUCAUUUCGGGAACCUUGUUUUUAGCAGCUGAUAUAUUUGCAAUAGUAAGCUUGGCUAUGCCUGAUUGGAUUACAACGGAAGUUGGAGGUACAAGCGACACGCGUUUGGGUCUCAUGUGGACAUGUAUGACACUGUACAACAGACAGCCUACCUGUUUCACACCAGAUCUGCAACCUGAAUGGCUACUUGCACUCGUCUGCAUCUUUGUUGGGUGUAUAUGUAUCACAACUACUAUAAUUCUCUUAAUAUCAUCUCACUGGGACAGGAAUGUUGUACCAUAUGCAAGAUGGGUUGGUUUCACAGCAAUGGUUCUGUUCUGCCUCGCUGCUGUCAUCUUCCCAAUGGGAUUCAGUGUUGAUGAAAUUGGUGGGCAGCCAUAUCAGCUACCACACAGUCACCAAGUAGGAGUUUCGUACAUCUUAUUUGUAUUAGCUCUGUGGAUCACCGUAAUCUCAGAACUGUUUGCUGGAAAAGUGUGCUUGCCACAUUUUUGAUAUUGUGCUACACAAAGACUAUAGUGAGAAUACUUGUCACUGUACAAGUUGUUCAAAAUAAGGUUUCAUUAGAAACUGUCUUAAAGUAGAUUCUGUACAAUCAUGUAGCUUCAUAUUUCACAAAAAUGCACAGAUAUCAGUAUUUUACAAUUUUAUAAAUGUCUAGUUAUUUUAGACAUGAUUGUAUACCUUAUAGAACAUUAAGACUUCAUUUGAACUAGUAUAUUAUAUUAAACAUGGUUAGACAUUUUUUUCACUUAAACUUUGGAGGAGGGGUGAUAGGUCAAGACUGUUUCAUUGGUCCACAGAUCUUUCAAUUUAUUGAAUGUUAACAAAAAUACAAAGAAUUGUUUUAAUCACUUUUCUUAAUUUACAGCUUAAAUGUACAACCAUAAGUAUCCCGAAUUUUUAGCUGUGUUACACAACAGGAGAAAUUCCAUAUUAAAUUGUUAUUCUACGAUAAAUAACAUCAAUGUGGCAAAUUAGAACAUGUAUUGUUAGCUUUUGAAGAAAGAAAAUGGAACACAGAUGUUAACUGACCACUGCUUUAAAUAAAUUCAUAUUUUAUUAUUUCUAUUAAAGUAUUUGCAUGAUAUGUACAUUUUUCUAUACUUACAAGGAAACAGAAUUGGUAGGACAGUACUUACCUCCAGGAGAUGAAUUUCCAGCACUGACAAUACAUUCAUUUAAAACAGAUAAAAACAUGGAUCCUAACCUUUGAAGCCGCCUAAGGAGGAAAGUAAACUUACAAAUAAUGUAUCUGCUUGUAUUGUCAGUACUGGCCAUCCAUUCUGCUCCUUGUAAUUUCAGUUUCCUGAAAUGAAUUCUCCUAUUGAUACUACUUACACUUUUCCCAGCAUAAAAAGUGACAAAGUGCUGACUCAGAUUUUAUUUAUGACACGGGGUGUUGUGUCUUCUUUUGAAUUAAAACAGAAUAUUUUGCACAUUUUAUUGUAGUAUGCCACAAGUGUUUUUGUUAUGAAUUCCAAAACAAAAAAUGCACUUUUGUAACAGUUUAAAGCGAAUUACAAUAAAGGUGUGCAUCAGCUCUCACAAGCUAAGCCUAAUCCAUGAGUGGCAUUUACUUUAUUUCACCAGAAUGGGAGUACCGGUGUCUUUAAAUUUUAGCCGAUUGUUCACAGUAACAUUUAAUAACAGUUACAAUACUCUUACAAUAACUACUGCUUGCAAAAAUUGAAGAGUAAUUAAAAGGUCAUCUCUGAUGAUACGGCUUGCCACAUUUUUAAUCCCGUUUUUGUAUAUUUUGUUGCCUCCAAUAGACACGAGCUGGGUUACAACAUUCCCGGCAAGUUUUUGAUCUGAGUGAAUUCGUCAAACUUUGUCAUUUAGUAAUUUUCUUGUUGUAAUGAUUUUAUUUAACAACAAUGGUGACAGCUCCUCUGUUUUUUAAACACUUCCGCAAGUUCCUGAAAUUAACUUGAAGCUGCAGUAGUAAAAUUGCACAAGUUUUUGUUCUAAUUUAAACACCUCAGCAAGCACUUGCAGAAGUUAUUAAUUAGUGGACACUUGCCUUAAGCUGUGAGAAGAUUUAAUCCUGACUUUCUAAUUGCCUUUCCAAAACUAAGGCAACAGAUAUUGUACCCUUUUAAAAAUAAUGCAAAGGAAAAUAUAGCUGAACAUUUGUCACAAGCAAAAAUCAUUGUACCCAUUUGAAAUAACCACAACCAGAUUUUCGAGUUGUACCAAGUGUUCUUCUGUGAGAGCAAAUGAAGAAAGAACGGCCCUGAUUGGGUCCAAGCAUUGACACUAUCCUGCGUAAUGCUCUUCUGCCACAGUUACAUAAAGGUGGUGUUGCCCUGUUGCUUACACCCGGUUUUUGCUUGGGAGAUUGUGUUCUGUCAGAUGCAGGACGAUUUAUAACUUGAAGAGGAGUACGCUCCCCCAACAUGGUACAGUUCUUUAAUAUGACUUGGUCCCUUGAAUUUGUAUUUCCUUUAGCUAAAGUCAUGUUGUGCCACAAAGAACCUUUCACCAUUUUCCCCGCUGUUCCUUGAUAAUCUGAUAUUUUUCUCUGCCGUGAUGAAACAGGUGUAUCACUCUGAUGUUGUGGAACCAUUCCUUUCCUUGUCACUGAAUCAUGUAUGGAAUACUUUGUUUGUACAUCACUGCCUGUAAGGACACUCUUAUAAUUCUGUAAAAAGAGAGUUUUAUAAAGAAUAAAAUUUUUAUUUUCAAAAAA